UUUAAGCGGAUUUUUCUUUAUACUAUGGAUUUAUUGUCAGCAAAGUUCAAAGAAACUUGAAAGGAUAAGACGGAGAACUUUGUUCAAAAUUUUUAGAAUGAACAGGUUAUGCAAUGGAUGGAUAAUUAUACACAAAUUUAUGAAACAUUGAAAAAUCGAUUUUAUUUUCAAAGGAGAAUGUGUGCUUCUUUUUGUGAUGAUUAAUUAAGUUAAUUUAAAAUGGAUUCGAAGUCUAAAACGAAACGAUUCAAAUUUUCAUUUAAAAAAUCGAACGCGGAAGAAAACCACCCGGAAAUCGACCAGAUUCUGGACUACAACCGCCGACAUCCGAUCCCCGGAAACAUCAGCCCGAUCGACUCCUGCGGAACGCCGGAGAGCGAUUUUAAACUGGAGUCGGAUCCGUACCAGAGGGAUAAUGUGGAUAACAACGAGAAGAAGAAAAGCCAACGUCAUCAUAAACACCAGCGGUCAGUGUCUAUGGAGGUGAAGCAGAGUUUAUCUGUUGAAGAUGGUAAGGUCAUUGACUCCCCGUCGGACGGACAGGAGAUUUCAAACGUCGGAGACAAUUCUGAGAAAAUUCCAACCGAGUCCCCGGUCAACGGGAUGAUAGAAACCAAAACACAAAUCCACAUUGUGGAAAAAGUUAGCAGCACGAUCACGGAGAAAAAAGCGGAAAAAAUUGUGAUCUUAACUCCGAGGAAAGCUGAAAAAUUUGUGCUGCGAACUCCGAAAAAAGCCGAGAACGUUUCGCUCCAAACUCCGAAAAAAGCCGAAAAAUUUGUACUUUUAACUCCGCGCAAAGACGACGAUAUAAAAAGUGCACCGACGUCACCUCAGACGUUCACAUUCGUCUCGCAGACGUCAAACGAGAAAACGGAAACGCCCACACCUUCUAAAGAAAGCCCAAAGUUACCUGAAAUGUUACCAGUAAUUCAGGAAAAAACGACGGAAAAAACCACAAUGGUUGUCCCCCCUUGUCCGCGCUAUAGCCUGGGAUUCCUCAAUGAUCUCCAGAACAAACACAAAUUUUCUAAAGCGGUUUCAAAGCAGAACGAGGUGGCAACGACAGCCAUCCAGUCUUUAGAUUGCCUAAACGACCAAAUCGUCCAGUACAUCGUUUCAAGCCAGUGUCAGCUGACCAAAGAUGGCGAAGUUAGGAUGCCAAACGAAUCAGUCCAAUCCUCUAUGGUACUUAUUCGGAGACUAUUGCUGGACGCCCAGGCCAGAUUUCGUAAGAUGGUAGAGGAUAACAAACAGCUUGCAAAUCACAUCGACACGUCUAUUCAGGCAGCUAAUCAAGAAGUAAGUCUACUCAGAGCAGAACUAGCUUCAACCAAUAAAAAACUGCAUCAAAUUAAUCAUCCCGAAGAUAUGGGCAAAGUGGACAAAGGGACACAAGUUGAGAAAGAUUUUUCAAAAGAUAUUGCAUGUGGAGGAGAAAAAUCAGAUUCAGACAAAGAAGACAUGGAGACAACAGUACAAACCCUCGCCAAAGAAAACGAACAAUUACUUGAAGAUUACAAACGUCUGAUUGAUGAUCACGAUGCACUAAAGUGUGCACAGGAAGAUUUAAAACAUGAGAAUGAGCAUUUGAAAGCUGAGAAUGCCAGACAGGAGCAACAGCUGAGGAACUUGAGGAAAGACUAUGAGGAGCUGAGACUGGCUAAACAUGAACCUUCCUCACCAGAUAACAAACCCAGCUAUGGGGAGCUCAAGCUUGAGCUCAUUCAAACCAAACAAGAAUUGAACAGAGCUAAAGAAGUUUUACAAGGUAUGAAGAGUGAUCGCAAAAGAUUAAAAGGGGAGAAACUAGACCUCCUGAGCCAGAUGAAACAACUUUAUAGCACCCUUGAAGAAAAGGAAACUGAGUUAAGGGACUUUAUUCGCAACUAUGAACAAAGGGUCAAGGAGAGUGAUGACAUGAUAAAGCAGCUUGCCAAGGAAAAGGAAGAUGUAGAGAAUGAGAAGUGGGAUAUCAUCACGAAAGCUAAGGAUGCAGCUGAGAGGGCCAUGUUCCUCAAGACCCAGCUGGACAACAGAGAGCAGACCCUGAAGGAGAUGGAGACCAAGUUAAAAGAGGUGCAGGAGCAACUGGCAAGCCAAGACAACAACAUCACCUCAACAACAGGACCAAACACAAUCAUCACUGACAUAGAUGAUGAUAUUGCUGUUGCUGAUGACAAUGGGUUUUCUACAAUGGAAGAGUCCUCUGUUCUUAACUGCACUUUCCAGGCUGACCAGGACAACGGAGCACAGAUUUUUAGCACAAGUCCUAUCAGUACCACAGACUCCACUGAUGCAUCUAGCCUUGUCUUCAAGUGGUUCACACAGAGCUCUGACUUUGAGAUACCUCUGGAGUCUAAACCCAGCAAGAAAAAGAAGAAAAGCUUUGGUUCCCUGUCACGGGUGUUCAGCAAAGGUCGGAUGAGACGAUCUAUUGUCCUGCCACAUGCAGAGAGCUUGAUAGCUGAUGACACAAGCCCUAAACUGUGUGUACUAAGUCAGGACAACUACCAGGAAAAACUGAACACAAUAGAAAAAAUGGUGGGUGUCCACAUGAGAGAUUGGAGGGCUCACCAAGUACUGGCUUGGCUGGAGAUCACACUAGCCAUGCCAAUGUAUGCCCAGAACUGUCUCAUGAAUGUGAAGAGUGGAAGGAUCCUACUCGGCCUAAGUGACAGUGAACUGAGUGCAGCUUUGGGAGUAACCAACACAAUGCACAGAAGGAAACUCAGAAUAGCUAUUGAACAGCAUAGAAACCCUAAUGAAAUAAAAUAUUUAAAAGCCAGUGAAAUGGAUCCCACGUGGAUUGCACAUCGCUUUUUGCCUGACCUUGGCCUUCCACAGUACACAGACAUAUUUGAGGAGCAGCUGUGUGAUGGGCAUGUCUUGAAUACACUAACACGCCGUGACCUGGAAAAGCAUUUCUCUGUCCACAGGAAGUUCCACCAGUCUUCCAUUCUUCAUGCGAUUGAGCUGCUGAGGAGGAUUGAUUUUAACAAAGAGAAACUAUACCAUCGUCGCAACUUAUGUGAAGACAAAGAUACUGAUUUAAUUGUAUGGACUAAUGAAAGACUGAUGAAGUGGACACGAUCAAUUGAUCUGGGUGAAUACUGUGAAAGCCUUGUUGAGAGUGGGGUACACGGAGCCUUAAUGGUCCUGGAGCCAUCUUUUAAUGCCGAUACUCUUGCAGCCAUAAUGGGGAUCCCUCCAUCUAAGUCAUACAUCAGGAGACAUUUAGCCUCAGAGCUGGAUAAUAUUUUAAAACCUGCCAGGUCUUACCAAAAAGGAAUGAAAAUUCUCAGAGCUGCCUUAGACACUGCAGAAUGCAAAGGGGGUGACAACAAAAACAGUUCCUCAAAGAACCGCAAGGGUUCACAGGACAAGGGACUCAGGGUCCUAGAGGACAAAGGUCGCAGGAAGUCAGCGGAGGAAGGAAGGUCAAGACUGAGUUUUAGGGGCUCUCUUGGCAGAGCUUUUGGGAAGAAAGUACGAGAUGACCUAAAGAUUGACUCCGAUCCUUCUAAACUGAAGAUUUCCGCACCCAUACCAAUACAGCAUUCUAGUCUUUCCUCAUUAAACAGUGAUUCUGAACUAGUCAAAAAAGGAUUUUGUAUCAAGGAACCCAGUAAAGAUAUUUAUAAGUGUAAGCCUAUUAAAGAUCCAAAGAUCAACGGCAUUGCAGAACAAGACCUUAGAAGACUUUGCUUAACGAAGUCAGAACAAACAUUAAAUAAAAGUUUUGAAAUAGUGUCUUCAGGUAGCAGAUCUCCAAAGGAAGUUAAAAAAGUUGUUGAAUUGAAGGAAGUUAAAAAAGUUGUUGAAACACAGGAAGUUAAAAAGGCAGAAGUUCCAAAGGAAGUUAAAAAGGAUGUAGAUGUUAAAAAUUCCACACAAGUUUUACAAGAGAUAAUCAGAGACAUGAAGCUAAAUGAUGUUGAAGAGGAGGAUAAAUCAUCAAAAAAUUCAUCACAGGAAACACUCACAGAGCAGUCUGUCAAGUAUGAAACAAACAACAAUUUAAAAAAAGAUCUCACCUCGCAAAAUAACGGCACGUCCCAUCAUUCUUUGUCUGAAUUCUCACCGAAAACCUCUUCCAAAAAAACCUCGCCCAACAAGGAAGUGAGAAUUCUCUCACCGGAGACAACUCUUCUUGUUAUCAAACCCAUUUGUAAAAGACCUGGACCAGAGCUCUUCAAGAGGCACAGCAGCUGGGUGGGGUGUGAGACAUCUAGUCAGAAGACAACAACGCUGAGGCCACCCGAGGGCCAGUCCAAGCGCCACAGCAGCAUCAGUGCAAUGGACCAGGUGGUCAGCAAAGAUGGGUGUUUCAGUAGGGAGAGUAAGUUCACCACUAUACAGAAGGGGUCUUUGCCUGGCCUUCUACCACAGACAACCUCUGUUUAGAAAUAAAUGUGGUCAGUAGAGAUGACGAAACUGGGUGUUUCAGUAGGGAGAGUUAAGUUUUUAUAUACAGAAGAGGUCAGAGGUCUUUGCCUGACCUGCUACCAGAAACAAACUGUUUAAAAAUCAUGGCUUUUGUUGCAAUGCACUUUUUAAAAAAUGUUAAUUGUUUUAAAACACAUUUGAAAUUUUACUAAAUAUUUUACGUUAUUUUUUUAACAGUCUCAAUAAAUUUUACAGCAUUAAAAUAGUUUUUUUAGAUAUAAACAAAAAGAAUGAUCAGAAAAUUAUUUGUACAAUUUUAAUGAAGCACUAUGUUGUAUUGAUAUAUAAAUCACUAUGUUUGUUUUAUUUAUAAUAAUUCUGCAAGGUUAGAAUUUUUGUAAAAUAGCAAUUAACAUAAAUUUAGUUCAUUCUUCUUUCCACUGCACAAAAUGACAAGUGAGCUCAUUUAAUACAAAUGUCUCUUCAUAUUUUUUUCUAAAUUUCUACCCGACAUAUUUUCAAUGUAAUAUCUUAUUCAAACUUUAAAUUAUUUUAAAAUUUCAAUUUUUAUUCAUAUUUUUUAACAAUAUUUUGAAAAGUGUAAUUUUUUAAAUUGCUUUUUUAAAACCACAGUUGUUUUUUUUUUUAAUUGCUAGGCUAUUGUACACUCCGAUAACUAGUCAAGAAAAUAGAAAAUAAUUUUUAUAAGGUUUUUGUGCAAUUUCUCCAUGUCACAUAAGCUUUUUAUGCUGACAUUUAUUGUAAAUAUUGUACACAAUGCAUGGUGCUCAUAUUUAAUGUAUGUUUUAAUACUGUCUAACUGAAGAAUGUGUUUUCAGAUUGUUUGCCUACAAAUGUUAUGUUUGUCUCCCUUUGAAGUAAUAAUUUCUAAUUAUUAAAGUAGAAAUAAGCAUUAAUGCGUACAAUACAUGCUAAUGUUAAAUUGUUUUGAACUGCUAUAUGUCUGAUAUGUCUGGAAACUUUCGUCCCAGUGCUGAUCAUUUCGUAAUGUCCAAAUCACUGUUAGAUGAAACCUCACAGCUUGAUGAUAGGGAGGAGAAUUCUUGUCUGUGUAUAGAUACAACUGGGUAAAUCAUAAGAGGUCUAUUAUUUUCCAAUAAUUAAUUUGGUUUAUAUAACAUACAUUUUUUUUU